GUAUUUUGUUCAUUAAAAAUUAAAAAAAGUUUAAACCAUUUUCAUAAACUCCACGUGCAUUAAUUUCGUAUCUCAAAAAUACACAAUACUCUAACUCGCUCUUUCAUAGAGAAGUACAAAAAAAGAAAAGAAAGAAAAACUUUCAAUUUACGUGUUUUUAUUAUGUUGGCUGUUAUUGCUACUUCUUUGUUGGCAACAGUAAAUAACACAUCAACAACAUCUAAUUGUUUAGAUACUUGCACCGCAACAAGUAUCGUAGAACAAAACUUGUAUCGCAACAUUAUUGCGAGUGCUAUGCAACAAUUACACUGUAAACAACAGACUUUAAAAAAAUCGCAAUUAUUUUGUCAAAAACGUAUGUGCCUUGGUCGUUGGCAUCAUUGUGACAUAAACAUUUUACACGGCAUCGGCAACAUUUGUUGUUUUAAUAAACGAAUGUUUAUGGUGACAACUAAAAACAAUUUUAUUAAACGUAUUAAACGCCUUGACAAUAACAACAACAAUAAUAAAGGUUUUGCAACAACAAGUCGUGGUAAAGGUGUUUCAGUGAAAUUGUAUCUAACGUCAUCUAUGUUUAACAACAUUAUGAUGCGCGUUUGAAGGGAAGUUGCGUCUAAGACUCUUUAAAGAGCAAGUUUAGAGGUUCCCUUACAAUUUCAUUGUUUCUUUCCAACGGUGAAUUAAAACCAAGAUCAAAAUGGCAUUCAACACUGAAAUCCAAUCAAGCCACUCAGGGCCCCAAACCAACAACAACAACCAGAUUAACGAAAAUAGAGCAAUUAGAACCGGAAAAACAGAAACAGGUGCAACACACGAUUACGAUUACAACAAGUUCAGAAAAGUCAGAAAGCAUAAUAUUGAUGAUUCAGGAACCCCAACAACAAGAAAUAUUCGAAAUUCCAUUGGUAAACUCAAUGAGUACUACAGAAAACAGUUCGAUCAAGAAUCAAUUGUUAAAUCCAAACAACUGUCAGAAGAAAUUAAACCAGAACAGCAACAACAAGAAUCCAAGAACAUUAAUUCAAAUACCACAACAAAAUUCGAAACCAAGAAUAUUUUUGCUUACCAGGCCUUCGAAACCUCAACUGGUUCGGUUGGAAACUCAAACAGUGCAACCCCACCACCAGAAAAAUUUGAAUUUAUCACAACACCACCACCCUCAGAAGACAACGGCAACUGUGACAAGCCAGACUCAAAGAAAAAUCAUAAGAAUACCCUUUUUACCAAGGUCGCAAGUGCAAACGUUUUCAGUGAAAAGCAACACAAACCAAGUGCUAAAGAAAGAUUUGAAAAUAGUCCCACAGAAGACAGUUCAAUACCAGAACCAAAGCCAAGUGCGUCAAUAUUCCGAUCACACCCAAGAGGAGUUGAUUCAGGUCCCAAUACUAUUACAACAAGUCAAUACCAAUCAAUUGUCUCCCAAUUCAGUGGAGACUGGCAGCAAUCAGUUGCAAACCAAGCAAGAAAGCGUCAAGAAUACAUUAGUGAAAAGUACAGUGAAAAACAGUUCGAAUUUGUCACAGAACAAAAACAAAAUAAUACAAUCCCAAGCCCAAGCGCAAACGAAAAUACCAUUGACAUUGGCAUCAAUGGCCGGCAUAGAGUUGACAGGUGCCGAUAUGUCCCUUUCACAAGCGGAUAUGAGUGGAGCAAUGCCGCCUACUGCUACAGUUGAAGAGAUAAAUGUUCCGGUAUUCAUAGAUGAAUACUUACAAGAAGUUACCGCCACAUCAACUUUACCUGUUACUACAGAUAAUAUUUUUAACAAUAACACCAACAAGAACAACAGCAGCAACAUUAGUAACAACAACCACAGCAACGACAAAGGAAACGAAGUGAACAACUUUUUGGAUACGUUAGAUAAUUUUGAAUUUGAUAUAAAUCUGUUGACGGAAAAUAACAGCAAAGAUAAGGAAACAGCGUUGGAAGUGCAUGUAAACCAACAGCAUCUACAACAACCACUACAAUAUCCUCAACAACACCAACAAUCGUUGACUGAAGUUGAUGAGGAUAACAAAUUAAAACAGCAUCAAUUUGAACUACAAAUGAUGUUGGAAGAUAUAUUGUUCAAUAAUAACAAUAACAACAUUAAUAAUACUAGCAACAAUAAUACCACCACUACUAAUAACAAUAAUAAUAAUAAUAACAUCAACAACAUUAACGAAAUGGCUGGAAGCAAUAACACCAACGAUGAAAUAUUUGCCGUUGCACCUGGCAUUGAUGAAAUCGACGACUUGGAAUUAGAUGAAUUCGAUUUCAGUUCAGCACUUGAUACACACGAACAUGCAGUCGAUUUAAACAUUAACUACGGUCUCUCCUCUGAAGAUAUUUUCAAUAGUUCCCAACCUAACGAAAUAAUGUUAUCAUCAUGUAAUUCUCAGUCUCAAUCGUCACAAAAUCUCAUUAAAGAAAUAUCUAAAGCUGAGCCAUACAUAAAUUCGACUCCAACACCAUCAUACGAAGCUCAGGAAAUAGAAAUGUGUGGCGUAUUUGAAGAUGAUAUAAAUAUAUUAUUCCCAUCAGAAUACAAUGAGGAGAGCAACAUGGUUGGCUUUAAGGAAACCACACUUUUGGCAAAUCCCUUAAAACGCAACAACUCACAGAAAAGCCAACAUAUGUUGGAAAAGCGUCGUAAACUUCGCUUGGAUACUACAGCAUGCAGGGAAAAUAUUUUAUCACAACAAUCUGAAAUAACCACACCAAAGGUUAUAGAUAUUAUUGAUCAGUUCAACGACGAUACAAUGGGCCAAAUAACAGCGGAUUCCGUUAUCACUAUUUAUAACGAUCUAAUAUCAACCUCAUCAAAAUGUGGCUCAGUCAAAUCGGAAAUAAUUGUAGAUGAGAUAACUAAUGACUUCACACCUCCAAAUACACCUUUUAGUUUCAAUUCCAUCUCAAAUCAAACUAGUUUCGUAAAUACAGCACCAAGUUCUCCUGCCUCAUCCAUAGCUACCACCAAAAGAGGACGUGGCCGUCCUGCUAAAACACACAGUGACAUACCAGAUCGUUCAGAAAUUCAACACUUAAGUGAAAGUGAACAGAAGAAAGUGCUAGAACGUGCGAAAAAUAAUGAAGCCAGCCGCAAAUCCCGUUUGAAGCACAAAGAACGUGAUAAUGCUUUGGAGAGAGAAGAAAUAGAACUUACACAUAAAAACAAGGAAUUAGAAAAUCAAUUGAUGAAUCUAAGAAAAAUGGAGAAGAAACUUAAGGCUGCAUUACGAUUUAAAGUUGUUGGUCAGUGAAAUUUCAUCAUAUAUAAAUAAAUAAAUCCACUAAAUCUAUGUAGGCGAAUAAUGAUUUAAAAUACCAUGGCGCUGAUAAGAUUUAUUGCUAUUAGACUCACAUGUACCUUAAAGAAAGUAAUCAUCAUUUAACAAGGAGAUGCCAUUACAAAAUAAUUGUUGUUAGUUAUUAGUUGUUAGCAAGUAAUCAAACAUUUUAUUUUAAUAUUAAAAAAAAUUUUAUAACACACAUAUUACAUAUAUAUAUAUAUACAAUUAUAAA